AUGAUCUCGUUCACCGCUUUCGUGCUUGCACUUUCAAACAUAAUCCUUGUCUCCGCCCUUACAUUGAACAGCUCAUCACUGAUCCUACCAGGCUCUGCUGUAGCCAAUGUAACCAACUCCAAUUACAUUCACGAAUGCAACGGGAUAAGAUUCGGCUACAGCUUGGACAGCACAAGUUGCACCGAAGCUUUGAACCAAAUAGAUGCCUCCUCUACCACCGAGCAGACCUACGGUGCGCGGUAUAAAGGUUCAUUCGACGUAAAGUUGCCCAAAAGAUACAUCAGCUCGGACGGACGCUGCAUCAUCGAACCGAACAUCAUACUCGGUGAACCCUCCGCUCGUGCGAGUCUGCAAGAAGUCGCAUCCGCAGCCAGCUACAUCAUCGACCAAUGUGUGACUGCAAGGCCAUCCCAGGGCGGGAAAGUGCGCGAUAUAGGUGGCGACAACGACCUAAGCGUCGCCGUUCUAAAGUAUGAGCCCAAACAAGUGCAAUGUUCUGGCACGGUAUCCCCUUCGCUACUGUCAUCGUGCCAGAACAUCGUCAACACCAUGCCCGCAAGCAUGGACUUUACGACCUGGGGACCGGAAAAUGACCCACUGGCUGUUAUGAAGUUGCCUCUGACUUAUCAUUCAUUGGAUCAAAGAUGCAAGUUGAGCAUUCGCACUGCAGGACCGACGGAUACGUUUUCGAGAUAUCAAUUCUGGACCGUGGCGGUGGCGCUGACCGGCGUGUGUGUGAGGAAUGAACAGGUAGGGAUGAGAGAUGGUUUGGGGCUGGGCGAUCACCUCUCCAUGGAAAUUGGUCCAGCAUGA